GAUGCUUGCUAGGAGAAUGUCUUCAAUCAAUGACACCCAGUUCCAUCCCCCCUUCUUUCUCUUGCUAGGAGUACCAGGACUGGAAACUUUACAUAUCUGGAUUGCUUUCCCAUUCUGUAUUGUGUACCUGAUUGCCCUUGUGGGGAAUAUCACCAUUCUCUACGUGAUCAAGACUGAACACAAUCUCCACCAGCCCAUGUUCUACUUCCUGGCCAUGUUGUCUAUAAUUGAUCUGGGUCUGUCCACAUCCACUAUCCCCAAAAUGCUGGGCAUCUUCUGGUUCAAACUCCAAGAGAUCAGCUUUGGGGGCUGCCUUGUUCAGAUGUUCUUCAUUCACAUGUUUACAGGCAUGGAGACUGUUCUACUGGUGGCCAUGGCUUAUGACCGCUUUGUUGCCAUCUGCAAUCCUCUCCAAUAUGCCAUGAUCCUUACCAAUAAAACCAUCAGUAUCCUAGCUUCCGUUGUUGUUGGAAGAAAUCUAAUUCUUGUAACCCCAUUUGUGUUUCUCAUUCUGCGGCUGCCUUUCUGUGGGCAUAACAUCAUCCCUCACACAUACUGUGAGCACAUGGGUCUUGCGCGGUUGGCCUGUGCACCCAUCAAGGUCAACAUAUUCUAUGGGCUCAUGGUGAUUUCUAAUAUCAUUGUGGAUGUGAUCCUGAUUGCCUCUUCCUAUGUGCUUAUCCUUCGAACUGUUUUUCGUCUUCCCUCCCAAGAUGCUCGACUAAAGGCUUUCAAUACCUGUGGUUCCCACGUCUGUGUCAUGCUGUGCUUUUACACACCAGCAUUUUUUUCUUUUAUGACACACCGUUUUGGCCGAAACAUUCCCCACUACAUUCACAUUCUUUUGGCUAAUCUAUAUGUUGUUGUCCCACCUGCUCUUAACCCUGUCAUCUAUGGAGUCAGGACCAAGCAGAUCCGAGAGAAGGUUGCAAAGAUAUUUGUACAGAAAGAAUAAUUCUGUGCAAAGUUUGGAUCAAUAUGUUUAUAUACAACCCAAAUUAUAACCAUCUGAGCUCU